UGCGCGCGCUGUGUGUUGGAGCAGGAAGGAGGGAAGAGCAGCAGCUGCUGGAUGCGCGCGCGAGAGAGAGGAGAGCCGCUCACCGCGUGUUUACCGAGCAGCGCGCGCCUCCGGAGCCCGGAGAGACUGCACAUAUACCCGGAUUAACCCGCCAGACUCCCGUCCGCCGCGGGCAUCAGCCGAGGGCUCGCGCGCGUGUGUGUGAGGGCUGUGCAUGCUGAUAUAGCGCGUGUGUGAGUGUGUGAGUGCGCGCGUGUCAGGAUGGGCUGCACGCUCAGCACGGAGGAUAAGGCGGCGGUGGAGCGGAGCCGCAUGAUCGACCGCAACCUGCGGGAUGACGGAGAGAAAGCAGCGCGCGAGGUCAAACUACUGCUACUGGGUGCGGGGGAGUCGGGGAAGAGUACGAUAGUGAAGCAGAUGAAAAUCAUCCACGAGGCUGGUUACUCGGAGGAGGAGUGUAAGCAGUAUAAGGCUGUGGUUUACAGCAACACCAUCCAGUCCAUCAUCGCCAUCAUCCGCGCCAUGGGCCGCCUAAAGAUCGACUUCGGGGACGCGGCGAGAGCGGACGAUGCGCGGCAGCUGUUCGUGUUAGCGGGCAGUGCGGAGGAGGGCUUCAUGACCGCUGAACUGGCCGGAGUGAUAAAGCGACUGUGGAAAGAUGGAGGAGUUCAGGCCUGCUUCAGCCGAUCCCGAGAGUACCAGCUCAACGACUCCGCCGCCUAUUACCUGAAUGAUUUGGACAGGAUAUCCCAGACUACAUACAUCCCCACGCAGCAGGACGUGCUGAGAACUCGCGUUAAAACCACCGGCAUCGUGGAGACACACUUUACCUUCAAAGACCUGCACUUCAAGAUGUUUGAUGUUGGAGGUCAGAGGUCGGAGAGGAAGAAGUGGAUCCACUGUUUUGAGGGUGUGACGGCCAUCAUCUUCUGCGUGGCUCUCAGCGACUAUGACCUGGUGCUGGCUGAAGAUGAGGAGAUGAACCGGAUGCAUGAGAGUAUGAAGCUGUUUGACAGCAUCUGCAACAACAAGUGGUUCACAGACACCUCCAUCAUUUUGUUCCUGAAUAAGAAGGAUCUGUUUGAGGAGAAGAUAAAGAGGAGUCCGCUGACCAUCUGCUACCCAGAAUACGCAGGCUCCAACACGUAUGAGGAGGCGGCGGCGUAUAUCCAGUGUCAGUUUGAGGAUCUGAAUAAACGGAAAGACACAAAGGAGAUUUACACACACUUCACCUGCGCCACCGACACCAAAAACGUCCAGUUCGUCUUCGACGCCGUCACCGACGUCAUCAUCAAAAACAACCUGAAGGACUGCGGACUCUUCUAGAACCACGCUGCAGCCGAUGGAGUCAGUUAUUGGAGGUAUGCGUCGAUGUUGGACGGCGGUUCUGAAGCUGUGUGGAGAUGUAUCUCUUGGACCUGUGCUGUACAUUGCGUCGUGUUCAUCUGCUUUAUUUAUGCUUCUGUCUCGGGGCAUUUUCAACAGUAGCGCCUUCCAAAACUACAAAAACGAGAAAAACAAGAGAGAAAUCUGUUUGUACGACUUUUUAUUUUCUGUCCCAAUGAUAUGUUACAUUAUGUACCCCGUUACGUUACGUUUCCCCUGGCGACCCAUUUCCUCUUCACUAACGGACCUGGUUUAAUUCCACCUUUCCAUUUUCAGGAGAAGGUUUGCCUCUGAUGGAUGUUUUUAUCUCCUGCACUCAGUGGGUGUUACCUGUGGGGGCGGGGCUUGGGGUGGGGGGGAGGAGUGUGUUUUAAUCUGUCCGGUUUGUUGGUUCUGUGCCUUGCCAUGUGUUUAUGGUUGUUUGUCUCAUGCUUGAUUUAUUUGCCUGCUGAAAAUCUGCCAACAUCCCAACUGUAAAAUACUGUAAACUGAGAAUACACACAUAAACGUCUUUAUAGCAGUACACACCAGUGUGUGUCUGAUCAUA